AUUGUCAAUAUAGCCAUUAAUGUGCAGGAUAAAGAGCUAUAGCCAUUAAACCAGAUAAUUCUUCAGCUCUUUGGAGGCUAAAUCUUAAAGCUUGCAGGCAAAUUCAAAAGAAUAAAAUAAUGGGUAGCACUUCACUUACAGCUUCUUUACAUACAAGCACUUUAAGGUCUCCUUUUGUCGGGAGUUUGAAUGGAUUUCGUGUAUCGAGUGUUGCUGUUCGUCGUGUUGCUUUCGUGAGAAAGACGAUCGAAUGUAAAGAAUCAAGAAUUGGUAAGCAACCAAUACCAGUACCUUCCAAUGUGACACUCACAAUGGAAGGCCAAAAUUUCAAAGUUAAGGGACCUCUAGGAGAGAUGGCCAUAACUUAUCCACGAGAAGUAAAGCUUGAGAAGGAAGAUGGAGGUAUUCUAAGGGUCAGAAAAGCCGUGGAGACCAGACGGGCAAAUCAAAUGCAUGGUUUAUUCAGGACCCUUACCGACAACAUGGUAGUCGGUGUCUCCAAAGGGUUCGAGAAGAAACUUCAACUGGUAGGUGUUGGAUAUCGUGCAACGAUUGAAGGAAAAGACAUCGUUCUCAAUCUCGGAUUUUCUCAUCCAGUUAGAAUGGCAAUACCAGAUGGACUACAAGUUAAGGUUGAAGAAAAUACAAGAAUCACUGUAAGUGGUUACGAUAAGUCGGACAUCGGUCAAUUUGCUGCUUCAAUUAGAAAAUGGAGGCCUCCAGAGCCAUACAAAGGUAAAGGAGUGAAAUAUGCUGAUGAAAUUGUUAGAAGAAAGGAAGGUAAAGCAGGCAAGAAGAAGUGAUCAAUGGGACAUUUUGUUAUUUUUUCCCUUGUUUUUAUUGUAUUUUAUAGAGGCAUUUUGAAGCUAGGUUCAUUUUGCAAGUGACUUGACAAUUUGUUAAUUUUGUAUCCCUUUGAAAAUGAGAGUCACACAGUUUGAAAUUG